AUGAAAUUUUCAAACGUGCUACUGAUUUCCGCGCUGUCGGCCGCGUCGGUCGCCGCCCCCGUGGCCGAGCCCGAGCCCAAAAACGUCUGGGUCCCCAAGGUGCCCGACAACGUGCUGCCUGGACCUGAGAAGCGAACCCUCGAGAAGCGACGAGGAGGAGGCUCCAAGGGCGGUGGUGGAGGUGGAGGCGGGUCCCGAGGCUCUUCGGGCUCUUCGGGCUCUUCGGGCUCUUCGGGUUCUUCUGGCUCGUCUGGAUCUUCUGGCUCUUCUGGCUCCUCCGGUUCUUCUGGCUCCUCCGGCUCCGGCUCCUCCGGCUCCGGCUCUUCAAACUCGGGAUCUCGACCAAACUCCGGCUCGUCUGGCUCGUCCGGUAACUCUGGAGCCGCCCCCGGAGCCGCCGCGGGCUCUGCCCGAGGAGGUGUUGCUCCCGCCCCCGCAGGAUCGCCCUACCGAGGAGGCGCCAACGGCGCUCCCCCCGCUUACUCGCAGAUGCCCUCGCGAAGCACCCCCGUCUACGGCAACCGAUACGCCGGAGGCGCCACCCAGCCGUUCCCUGCUGGCGCCCGAUCCAUGGGCGGCAUCUUCCCCGGCCUGGUUCUCGGAGCCGGAGCGGGUCUGCUGCUGGGAUCCGCCAUGCACCACGGCUUCAACCGAAACGACCAGGUCUACGAGUACAACUACUACAAGACCAUCAACGGAACCGAUUACCACAUCCAGUGCUUCUGCAAGGCCUACAACCCCUGUGGAUGCGACGACCCCAGCGACGACGACUUCCUCAACAACCUGCCCCAGGGCAAGUAUGCCGUGGGCCAGGUUGACGGCAACCAGACCAUCCAGAUCGACGGUACUCUGGAGAACUCCACCGACGCGUCUGCCAGUGCCUCUGCCAGUGCCUCUGCAUCUCCUUCUGGAACUAUGGCUGCGUCUGGUGCCGGAACCAACAGCGCCAAUUACCUGACUGCCGGUGUCAUUGCCGGAGCUGUUGCUUUGCUGUUGUAA